UUUUAAUGUAAAACAUCAUACAAAAUGGUUCAGAUGAAGAAACUGAGUUUAUAUUCGAUUCCAAUACCAUAUAAAUUAAUGAGACCAAGAGUAAAAUUUCCAAAGCCAAUGUAAUUGUUUUAAUUGCAUUAUGAUUUUAGGAUGAGAUCAAACAACUGAACGGUUUAAAUAAGGAAUUGGCCUUUUAACUAAACAAGUAGAAUGAACUACUUGAUUUAAAACAAAAAUAGAAUUAACAAUUGCAAGUCGAUGGUAUGCUUGAUGUUUAAAAUUUCUUAGUGUCAAAAUUAAAAGAGAAGCUUGAGGACAGAGAACUUAAAGUAUUAUAAACCAUGAAAGAAAAACAAUCAUUAUAAAAUGAACUAAUUAGUUUACAUGAUAUAUUGGAUCAAACGACUUAAAGAAAUGAUCAAUUAAAUUCUGAAGUGUUUGCCCUUAGAUUAGGAAUGGAACAACUUUAAUGUAAGUAUUGAACGACUACUCAUUUAGAAACCACUACAAUGUGCAAGGAAGACUCCAAUUAAAUAUUACAAAGAGAGUUGAGAUUGAAGGAGAGCAUUGAUGUAUAAGCUAAAGCCAUCAAGCAAUACGAAGAAACAGUUAGAAAAAUCACCAAUGAACUCAACCAGAAACAGGCUUAGUUUAAAAUUGAUGUUUAAAACAAGGACAACAUUAUAUCAGAUUUAAAGAGAAAACACGAUUUGCAAUUGUAAUAGAAUACUGAAAUAGUCUCUGAGUUAAUACAAUUUAAGAAUUAAAACCUAUAAAACAACCUCAUGAACAAAGACUAUAAACCAGAACUUACAAAAAUGACAAAGGAAAUUGAAGAAUAUAAAAUUCAAGUCAAAGGAUAAGCCCAUUAGAUAAAAUUAUCAAAUGAUUAGAUUUUGGCUCUCUAAAAUUAGAUCCAAAAACUUGAAUAAUCUAUUGCCACUCUUUUGACUGAACUUCAAUAGACAAAAUAACAUUUAAAGGAUAAAGAUUAAGAAUUCUAAAAUAAACUAGGGGAAAAUAUGUGGACUAUUGAAAAAUUAAAUAUUCAAAUCUCAUAAUAGAAUAAUCAAUUAUAAUUGUUUAAAAAUUAGGAUCAAAAGAUCAAUCUUGUCAGAAGUAUUUACUAACCUCCUGACGAAAGAUAUCUUAAAGAAUUACAAUAAAAGAAUGAUUAAAUUGCUAUGUUACAAAACGAAAAUAACUAACUAGUUAAAUUAAUUGAAACUCUGCAGAGUCAAAAAUGUAUUAAUUUUAUAUUAUUAAUUCGUAGCUGACAAUCAAGGUAGUGAGGCGCUUAAAGUUAGACAGCUGGAAUCAGAAUUGAAAAAUCUCUAAUCUUUCAUUUAUGACAGUCCUUUGGUGGUGCUAUUUAAUCUCCUUGAAGACAGAUUGUCGAAAUAAUAAUCAAAGAGUUUUGAGAAUAAGAGAAAGAUUUAGGAGUUUUGGAGCAAUCAAUUAAAACAGUGGACAGAAGGUUUCGAGGAAUUGAAAAAAGCAUUUGGUGGUUUAAAGAUUUAAUUCAAAUAUGAUCUCAAGUAUCCAAUCCCAGGUUCAUAGUAAAAUGAAUGA